ACAGGAAGAGGAACUGCUUGCUCCGGCGGGUGCCUCACUCUGCACCGCUGGGACGGAUCCUGCCUCUUUAUCUUUGCUGGGACAGAGCCGGCUUGCGAGAGAGAUAACUGUUCCCUGCUCUCUGGGGUGGCAGCUGGAUGAGCUCUGCAUGCAAGGAGGAGGAAAGUUAAAAGUGCAGCUGCAAGAUGAAGCCUCCACUUGCUCAAGGCAUGAGGUUUGUGUACCUUCUUCUGAAUUUGGCUUCCCUCUGCUUUCCCAUCCCACUCUGGAAGGACCGAGACUCCCUAAUGCAGGAGGAGAAAGCCCAUCAGACAGGCGGCAAUUUGGUGCUGAGUAGACAGGAACAGCAGCUGAGUACAAAGCUUGUAAACCUCAAGAAGCAGGAGGUUGCAACAGCUAUAGCUACGGGACAGUUUCCUCCAAGCAUGCACUUCUUUCGGGCAAAAGGCCUCAUUGAGCAGAGCACGGUGUUCAGCAUCUUAAAGCGCAUGCCAAAAGGUGCUGUCUUACACCUGCACGACUAUGCCAUCCUGAGUGUGGACUGGCUGGUGUACAAUGCCACCUAUCUCCCCAACUGCUACAUCUGCUUCACCCGCAUGGGCACCGUUCGGUUUCGCUUUUCCAAGCCUCACCCUCCGCACCCACUGCCAGCCCAGUGCUCCCAGUGGGUUUUGCUGGAGACUUACCGUAAACAGCUGCACAACAUGACCGAGUUUGAUAGCAGCUUGCUGAGAAACUUGACCCUGGUGACAGAUGCCCCUGAGCUCACCUACCCUUCUCAGACUUUAAUUUGGAAAAGAUUUGAAGAAGUCUUUCUCAUUGCCUCUGGACUUAUCUGCUACGCACCUGUGUUCAAGGCCUAUUUCUACCAGGGGCUGCUGGAGCUCUAUGAAGAUAAUGUACAGUAUGUUGAGAUAAGAGCUAUCCUGCCUCCGGUGUAUGAACUGGAUGGCACCCUGCACAAUAAGUCUUGGUCUGUGGCAACCUAUCGGGACGUGACCAAGCAGUUUGUGAAGGAGCACCCUGACUUUAUUGGAGCCAAGAUUAUAUUUACAGCGCACAGGAUGCUGAAUGUUUCCCAGAUUGAAGAAGCCAUCGUCACUGCCAUGGCACUCAGACACCACUUCCCAGACACCCUGGCAGGCUUCGACCUGGUUGGUGAUGAGGAUGAAGGUCAUUCUUUAUGGGACCUGAAGGAUGCCCUGACCCUUCCGUAUUCCCUGGGGGUCAACUUGCCAUACUUUUUCCAUGCUGGGGAGACUGACUGGCAGGGCACCUCUGUGGACAACAAUGUGCUGGAUGCAUUGCUACUGAAUACCAGUCGGAUUGGCCAUGGACUUGCCCUCAUUAAACAUCCAGUAGCCAAAAGUUUGUCUCUGAAGAGGGAUAUUCCUGUAGAAGUCUGUCCCAUCUCCAACCAGGUCCUGCUGCUGGUAGCCGAUCUGCGGAGUCACCCUGCAGCUGACCUCAUGGCUGAAGGGCACCCCAUUGUGAUCAGCCCCGAUGAUCCCCCUAUCUUUGGAGCAAAAGGAGUCUCUUAUGACUUCUACGAGGUGUUCAUGGCCAUCGGAGGGAUGAACGCUGACUUGAGGACCUUAAAACAACUUGCACUCAACUCCAUAAAAUACAGUGCCAUGCUACCAGAUGAGAAAGCCAAGGCCAAAGAGGUCUGGCAGAAAAAAUGGGACCAGUUUGUGGUUGACCUCUCUGAUAGCUUUUCAAGGGAGCUUUAGAGGGGAGGAGACACAUCUCAGAAGGCAUUUGGCAAGCCAGAGCCAGCCAGACUUAUUGCUAAGAGAGAAACUGCUUCUUCCAUGUGACCUGAGCAGAUGAAUGAACCUCAAAAGUCUGACCUGGCAAUGGGCUUCAUGGGCUUAAUACUAAGAAUGAGCUGCACUAUCCUGUGAAAAUCAUGGACUGGAGGUAAAAGGGAGCAGUUAUAGCAACAACAAAAGAACACCCUGCUCAAAAUAGUCAAAACAGUUAAAAAUUGCCAAAGACCAAAUCCUGACAUCCUUAUUCAGGAAAAACAUGCUUUCUAAUUAAUGUUAGCAGGAGAUUGCCAACAUGAGGAUCUCCAAAUUUCGCCUUAUCAUUACAAAACGCAGACCUUGUCCGGAAACAGCUAAGACAAACAUCCAACCAUUUGGGCCACUGACCUUCAGGAGAGCAAGGACUGAAAAUGACUCUUGUUAUGUUUAACCCUGGGCCUGCCGCCAAAAUAGCACUGCUAGGUCGAAGAACCAGUCAUAGGUCCGAUGUCUGCUAUUUCAGGACCUACCAUGGCUGGAAACGAGCUGAUGGAACUUGCUCCCAGAACAAUUUAAGCCUGGUUGCACUGUGAUCAUAAAGUCCAAAAGAGGUGCCUCUGUUGCUGACAGGUUUUUUUACUGCAAAAUCGUUUCCUGUCUUCUGGUCACAAGGAAACCAAACCACUUUUCAGCUGAGAAAAAACACCCUAGCUUCUCAGAUACAGUCCCCUGCACUGGGCCAUGUUAACACGGACCUUUGCAUUUACAGAAGAUGCCAUUUAAUUUCAAGGUAUUCCACUACCAGCCUUUUCCACCUAACUCAGAGUGCAAAUGCACCCUUAUUUAGCCUGUUGGACAUAUUUUCACCUUGUUGGAGAACUACCCUCACUCUGGAUAACCACAGUGUUCACUUGGACCUUUGUAGUUUCCAGCUCUUUGGCAAAAGGUAUUGCAGCAACUACACAAUAAACAGUGUUUGGACAAGCAGAUUCCCUUUCUUAACAUCACCAAAAAGAUCAGGAGAAAACUAACUGCAGGGAGAAAGAAAUCUCAAUCAAGGAUGCUAAACAAAUUCAGCAAAAUCCUUUGGCACACAUAGCGCAAGCACACAGCCAGGAUCAGUCAGCGGCUCUCCCCGGCUUCAGCACAAUUAUGCUUGUUUGCAUCAGCCAAGAGAGAAAUUACAAAAGUUCCUGCUGAAGGACAUCUCUCUCCUCUGAGCUGCAGACUUGCAAGGCCUGUCACUUCCUGAUCUGACCAGCUUGGGCAAAUUUGCUCUCUUUAUGUUUGCUGCUAAUUGUCUCAAGCUGCCUGGCCAUAGUGUUUAUUUCCACUGACCUUGGCUAAAACACCCUAGGAGGAGGCAAGUAUACUUACUACAGACCUGGAUGAGGCAGCACAGCCCAUGCAUCCUGUGUUAAAUUGCUCACAUUUCACAGGCUGCAAACUCAUCUCUUGUUAUCCUAGGAAAAAAACCCCAAUAAACACACUACAAACCCCAUAACAAAAAACCAAAUAAACCCACAACCAACCGAAGGCUUCUACAUUGCAGAAGCCAGCAACACAAACCACAGGAAGCAGAAAGUGAAAGCCCAGUCACACACCUCGCUAACCAAGGGGGCUGAGCAUCUAGCACCCCAAGGCUUUUUCAGACACAGCUGCCUCUACUCCAGCUCUCUCUGCCCACACCUUCCUCUGAAGCACCAGCAGCUAAUCUUUACAGGCUGGACUUUCCUGGGCCUUGAUGCAGGUUUGGUCCUGGGACCAGCUUUACACUGGAGGAGGAGCCAGAGUAGAGCCACCUUCCCUCCUUCUCCUCCUUCACAGGUGUUGCGUACACACCUCAGUCUAAGGUCCCUAAGAAAGGCUUUGGUCAUGGUCAGACUAUAAAUGCUGACGUGGGAAAUGCCUUAUUUGUAGUGCUGAGGAAAACUACUGCAAACUGGCGGAAUGGCUGCUAACCAGUGACCCACAGCAAUGUCCCUCUGAGCUCCCCAAUCCUUCGAUUUUGCUAUAUAUGGAUCGACAAAGAUCUUUUAUUUGCUGUGAAUUGAUUCUCCCUUAAGUGAGCCUCUUUGCUACCAAGGUGAAGCUAAUAAUUACAGAGUCAGUGUGGGAGGAGCUGAGUUCCUCAACACAGGCUGACCCAUGUCCUUUCCUUUUCUGCCACAGUGGAAAGGCUUCAGCACUUCCUGCACAUGGUCUUUUGAAGGCUUGAACCACCGGUGGCUUUUUGGUUACCUCUAGUCCCCCGUCCUCAUUUAUCCACAUUAGCAGUAGGGCUAGAUCUUCUGUUUGCCAGACACUUGCUGGGACCAGUUUACUUGUUGUGUCCAGUUUGUUCUUGCCUUCCUUGGAGAAGCCUGUUGUGUACUUGGCCAUUUACCUACUUUGCAUUUGGAACCAUGAUAUGAUGUGGCCCAUGGAGCCACUAGCAAGUGAUGCUGUUCAGGGUUACAGCACAGAAAUCACAGGGGAGUUAAAAUUGCACAGGUCUGGAGAUCUGGAGAUCACCUCAGAACUUGUCUCUAUGGGGCUGUGUUCGAAUUUGUGACUCAGCUUCUGCUGAAGGUUUCCAUCUUAGGGUUGGUCAGAGAGCAAAAACUUUUCCAUCCUGAUCACAUGGGUUUAAAUGUGAGCCUGAACCACAUGGAGAAGCCUGACUCCAGUCAUGUAGCCUUCCUUGCAUCCCUCCUUGCCAUGUGUGGUGGCUGGGCAUUCCCAAGAGUCCUCUAGCAGUAGAUGGGCUUUAACCAUUUUUAGGGCCUUAGUGAGUGUGACAGAUGGAGGGCCAGACUGCUUAACUGCUGGGGAUUAACUCAUCCGUAGAGUGGGCCUUAGUUAGGAGAAAGAUGCAAAUUGGGAAACCCAGACAGCAUCUUCACAUCUCCAACUCUAGCUGUGCAAAUCAAUCCCUUCAGAUAUCCUUUCCCGUACCCUCAGUACCAUGGGCCCUGCUCAUAUUUGUUGGCAAAUACAUCGCAUAUAAUGCUUUCAA